UGGAAAUCUGCACUCCCCGAAUAAACAAGGCGGCUCGUCUUGCGGAGCGCUGCGAUUGCCGCAGGGCGCAUCUCAGCAUCUCCGUCCUCUCGGGGCAUACGCCCAGAACUUAAAGACGAUGGCCCCGCCUUACGUCCCCACAUUGGGCCCCUCCUCCCCUGUCACCCAGAGCUCUAGGUUUGCUCGUCCUUUGGUUCUUGACCUCCUCCCUUCAAUCCAGUAUUCAGUAUGGCAGUCAUCGACGGAACCAUGGGUCCCCUCCUGAUUGGAGUCAUCAUCUGCGCCGUGUUCUACGGAGUGUCCCUAUCGCAGGUCUACUACUACUACACUCGCUACCGGCGCGAUCCUCUGUACCUGAAAGUGCUGGUUGGAGCUGUGUUGACUACAGACACCAUCCAUCAGGCCAUGAUUUCGCAUAGUGUGUACUGGUAUCUGGUAACGGAGUACGGGCACCCGGAUAGCCUUGGUCUACUCUCCGCCACAAUGAUCCCGGAGGUCUUCUUCCAAGCUUUCACUGGGUUGUUUGUUCAAAGUUUCUACGCCGUCCGCGUAUGGAAGCUGAGCGGACGUCGGUUGUAUCUGGUUAUCCCCGUGGUUGCAUUCAUCGCCGCUGAGUUCUCUGUGGCUAUGGCAUACGCAAUCCAGGCUCUGUCGUUCAAGACUUUUGAGGACCUGGGCAAGAUCAAGGUGUUGUCCAUCAGUAUCAACGGGUUCGCCGCCGCGGGAGACGUGGUCAUCGCCGCCAUCCUGUGCACAAUCCUGCAAGUCUCGAAAACCGGCUUCUCCAAGUCGAACCUGCUGGUCAACCGCUUGAUCGUCUUCUCCGUCAACACCGGUCUGUUGACGAGCGUCUGUGCAUGCAUGUCGCUCAUCACCAUCCUGGCCCUGCCGAACACCUUCGUUUACAUCUGCUUCUUCUUCCUCAUCGGCCGGCUGUACUCUAACUCGCUCAUGGCGACCCUCAACGCGCGCAAAUCGCUCCGGGAAAAGUCCACCAUCCACGACACGUCCAUGUCGUUGCGCGACAUCAACCCCUCUGGUGGUGGCGCGACUGCGAACAUGUCGCCCUUCAGCCCGACCACCAAGCGCGACAUCACGUCCGGCAUCGCGAUCCGCAUCGACACCACGCAGGACACGCGGCACGACAUCGACGAGGAGUCGGCCAAGUACGGCAGUCAGGACAAGCACGAGGGCAUCGAGGCUGUCUGAGCUUGUUUAGCCCUUCUUGCCGCUCUACCCUGAGCUGGCCCCGCACGCGGCGCCACAUCGAGGGCCCCGCCAUUCCACGGCGCCCCAGUUGUCGGCCGCGAUGCGGAAGACCCGAUAGCGUUCUCUCCUUUACACCCACACGGCGCAGCCCUUCCUUGCUGUUAUUUUCGCGCUGCGCCGCCCGCAGUUGUCGACGGUCCGAUGUCCUGGCGCGCACGGCCCCCACCCCCAACCCCCGGUACAUAGUGCAAGCGCACACCAUUGCUCUGAUACCCGCCGCCGCCCGCGCCGAGAUAUCCCCCUGAAAAUAUGUACAUAGGCGCGGCUGUCGUUCCUCACCC